AUGCCCAAGGUUGCCGGCGUGGAUGUUCCCAAUUGGUGCGUGGCGGGUGCAGCCGUGCUCACGCCAGCUGCAAUCUAUGCUUACCUCUUGCGAAUGAGCCGGCAGCGGCGGGCUUUCUUCGCUGACACUCCCCAGCCUAAGGAGACUUCAGCGAUCUUUGGGGGCCUUGCAACGUUGAUGGAGAUAAAUGAGCCUGAAAAGGCCAUACCCAAAGCGAAGCAACUCUUCAAGGAAUUGGGGCUCACUUGGGGGGUUCGGCUCCCUUUUCCAAAGACAGAGUUCUUCUUUCAAACUUGUGAUCCAACCAUCAUUGCAGAGAUUCAGUCCAAGAAGGACAUAUUCCACUCACGGCCAGGAGACAUGCUAUUUGACAACACUAUCCCCCUGGGUUUGCUUGCAUUGAGAUCGGAAGGACCCCAGUCUCAGUGGGCAUUCCAUCGCCGUUUGGUUGCGCCCUUGUUCAGUGACAAGUUCUUGCUGGGCUACUCUGGACAAAUUCAGGAAAAGGCCGACUUGCUGCGAUUCAUUCUGAACGAAAGGAUCAAGGAUACGAAGAGUUCAGAGGCGGAGUGUGACAUUCAACAUUGCUUGAAGCUUGCAACCCUGGAUGUCAUCGGCAGCAUUGGCUUCGGCUUCAAUUCCAAUGCUUUGAUGACAUACCUACCAGAGGGGCACCCUCGGGCAUUAAGCAAAGCAGAGGCUGCAAACGAGCUGAAGUUUGUCGAAGCUACCGAGAUCCUGAUGUCCGAGACGCAAAGGCGCAGUUCUGAGCCACUGAUCCUGAAAUAUUUGCCCCGGCGAUUCAUGUGCUGGAGAAAGGCAAAGGGUGACAUGGACAAGUUAGUCAAUGAUGUGUGGAGCUCUGGAAAGUAG